AUGACAUUUACAAGUGAUGACAGAGUUUGUUGGUAUUUCAAAUGUAGCUUCGUUAAAAUUCACAUUUACAAAUUAACCAUCGACCCCAAACGACCAGAACCAAGAGAGGUUUCUUAUUCAGAAAAUACAAAAGCUUAUAGAUCCAUUAUUUUUCCAGGCAAUAGCGAACUAUUAAAACCAAAUCAUUUCUUGGUUGAAAUUGCAACCUUUCCAAUUCAUAGAGCCAACUGGAAUCCCAACACCCGUUAUUAUCACCAACAUUAUUUCUCGCAAUAUAAUUUAAAGUUUGAAGGUUUCCCAACUAAAAAUUUUUAUGAUGGUUGCAGAUAUUCAAAAGAUAGUGGAUAUUCAAGUAUUUGUAAAGCACAAGUAUCCCAACAAUUUAAAAAUAAAUAUAACAAACUCAACUUUUUGCUUGGCUACAGACACCUUCAAUAUCUAAAUAUCUCAGAAUUCUCAACACAUCCAACAUUAAAGAAAGAACCAUUAUUAAACAUAACCAAUAGAAUUAAAGAAUCAAUCGAAAGCGGUGAAUGUGUAAUUUGUAAAAACUCAACCUAUAAUCAAAGCUUUUUAUGUUUUGGUCAUUAUAAUAAGAACUUUAUAGUGGCCUAUGAAUCAUUUGUAUAUUUAAAUAACAACGGCUCAAUUGAUGAAACUAUAGAAGCAUUAGAAACCACCUCAAUCAAUCAAGAAUCAAAAAAAACUGAAGAAAUUGUAGUAAACAAAGAGAAAUUUAAAUAUUUAGAUCCAAAACAAUUAAAAGAGUUUUCAAUGAAAAGAAACUCUCUUUCAGAAACCAUAAAUAAUAAAAUGGAAUCAUUGGGAACCGAGGAUAACAGCGAAAACAAAAUUGAAAACAACUUUAAGCAAGACUAUUCAAGACAAACACAAAAUGAUUAUUUUGACUAUUCAGAUUAUUAUUAUUAAAAUAAAUAAAUAAAUGUACAUUAGAAUUUUAAAAUCUUUUUUUUUUUU